GAAAUUUGGAACGAAGAAUGGAAUGUUUUUGGCAUCAUAAUACACUGGUGGAUUUUAUAAGCAAUAAAUAAUAUAUUGCAGAGCAUGGAAAAGAAUCCGAUCGGGAAAAACUCAAUCAAGAUAUCAAAAGACAAAGGUAUAUAUAAGAUAGGUAUUAUGAAAGAAGAAGAGGUUACAAAGAGAGAGGCAACCAAUCAAAUUCUUUAAAAGAUCAUGGAGUUCCUUGUCACCCUAUCAAGGAACACGAAACAUCUUACCCGUGGCAUAGCAAAUGAUGUCUGGACCUAUGUUUAGUUUUCAUCAAUUACAUUUAUUUAUUUAAUUAUCAUCGAUAUACCCAAUGUUGAAGGACCACAAUGGAGAUUUAUAUAUCAUGGGUAUCACUAUUUGUGAAAGUGAUAUUUCUUCAAAUGGUUGAUUCUCUAGAUGACAAUUAUGUCCAUAUAAACUUAAAGUCUGGAGUAGUUAAAGGAUACAGUCCCUUUAUUUCCUUCCUUACUUCCCCUGUGACUUAUCCCGGAUCUCGGUGUGACAAACAAGUCGUACUAAAAAUUGACUUCUCGGGAAAAUACCAUGGAGCAAAGCUUUACUUAGAUUAUCUGGAACCACCUCGAUUCUGGACUUUGGAUAUUUCGGAUUCCCCAACGGGAGAUGGUUAUGGUGGCGACCAUGGCACUACAAGUAACAUGGCAGAAACUCAAAUUCACAACAAGCAAUUCAGGAUUUAUGGGAAUGAUCUUCCAGGUCAUAUGGAUGCUUCAUCAAAUGGAGGAUUGUUAAUUCAUACAACAGAUAAUUUUGUUAAAAGAGGAUCUCGUGUAAAGUUGGAUAUUAGUGAUGAGAGAAUACAAUGGAAGUCUGGGAAAAUUAAAGAUUUUUUGGAAUCUAAGUUUCUGUUUACACUUAAUGGACAAGAUCCUUUAUAUGGAAUUAAGGAUAACUUUCUAUAUGUUGGAUUAAAUCGAGUUGUGGCGGGAAAUUACAGAAAUGGAAGUGGAUUAUGUGAUGUCACAAUUUCCCUUUACUCCUUCCCAGGUAAUGCAUGUGAAAAAGGUACCCACAAUUGUCAUAGGGAUGCCAUAUGUAUAAACACAAGGCGGCGUUAUCGAUGUCGUUGUAAACCCGGUUACUAUGGAAAUGGAAAAUUAUGUUACGAAAUUGACGAAUGUAACUAUGACAACGGAGGCUGUGUACAUUUCUGUCAAAACACCCCAGGCAAUUAUACCUGUACCUGCAAAAAUGGAUUUGAUCUGGACACUGAUGGACACAACUGUAUCGAUAAGAACGAAUGUUUACAAAACAAAGGCGGGUGCCAACACCAAUGCCUCAACACUUUGGGAGGAUAUGAGUGCAAGUGCAAUGCAGGAUACUCUCUGUCCAAGGACGGGAAAUCAUGCCAAUUUGGAACGUGGUGCGUAGAGAACUUGGGUUGUGACCAUCACUGUAGCUCUGGAUCUAGUCUUCAAUGCGCUUGUAGAACAGGGUAUACCCUGAUGAGUGACGGAAAACAGUGUCAACAAACGUGUGCUGUUGGAAAUGGAGGUUGUCAGCACAACUGCACAAAUUCUCCAUCUGGACCAGUCUGCAGCUGUGCUCCAAAAUACCUACUGAUGGAAAAUAAUAAGACAUGUAUAGCAUCCUGUGAUGUAAACAACGGCGGGUGCGAUAGGGAGUGUAUAGACACUAGGGAGGGACCAAAAUGUCAGUGUCCAACGGGCUUCCAUCUGCACCAAGACGGAAAAACAUGUCUAGAUGAAGAUGAAUGUGCCAUCAAUAACGGGGGUUGUAGUCAUAAGUGUUUGAAUACAGAGGGAAGCUUUGAGUGUGUUUGUCCAAAAGGUUUUAAAGUCCAGUAUAAUCAACGGGUUUGCAUCGACAUCAAUGAAUGUGAACUCAAUACAACAUGUGACCAUAACUGUGUGAAUACACCUGGAAGCUUUUACUGUACCUGCAAAGAAGGAUAUCAAAUAUACGGCUUUACACACUGUGCAGAUAAGAAUGAAUGCCUGGAUGAAAAUGGCGGCUGUGAGCACUCUUGUCUGAAUACAGAAGGAAGCUACCGGUGUUUCUGUGGAACUGGUUAUAAAAUACAUUCUAAUGGAAAAGAUUGCGUAGAGUGGAACAAAUGUUUGCCCUUUGAAACCCCUGCAAAGACAGUGGCCACUUGCAGGCAGUCGGGAGCCGAUCAGUAUUGUUCUCUUCAAUGCCAAGCCAACACUCAUCCGUCCGGUGUUCUGAAAAGUAGUACAUACUACACGUGUGGUGCUAGCACACAAUUCAGAUGGUCUCAUCGUAUUAAAAAUAUAGACCUGCCAUUUUGCUCUGCAAAUACGCAUGCUCCAGCUGUAACCAAAACAAUAAGAUUUGUAUUUGUGGCCGCUAGAUGUCGGGUUAAGAAACGCCUUCGACAAGAAGUAAAACAAAACAUUACAACUCAACUUAACACAUUAAAGAAAUUCAAAUGCAGAAAUUCGUGCAAAAUAAACUACGUUCAAAUAGACUGCAAGCACAUUCCAAAGAAAUUCCGAAGACUUGCAAGAGAUGUUUCGAAAACAGUUAUAGCUGGCAAAAUGGAAUUAGAAGUGGAACCUUUUGCAAUAACUAAAAAAUGUGACAUUCCCUGUACAACUAAAAGGACAGAAAGACGCCUGAAGAAAGCUUAUAAAACACUUAGAAAAAUGACAAACAAAGCACAGCUUUUCUUUAGAUAUGAUAAACAAGACGUGUCUUUUGCUAAAAGAUCACUAAAAACGAAAAAGGUCUAUGGUUAUAAAUGUCCCACUGGCAGUGUAAUGGGAGAACAGGCAUGUGUGGAUUGCAGCACAGGAUCUUUUUACAAUAAAACUAGCAGGUUAUGCGAGUUAUGUCCACCAGGCACCUACCAGGACUCUGAGGGCAAGACAGCCUGCAAGUCAUGUCCUCUCAGUCAGACAGGGGGAGGUAUACCUGGGGCGAAGAGUACAGCUGAUUGUUCAGUUCUUUGUGGCCCGGGUACAUUUUCAUCAAAUGGCAGAAAACCCUGCAUUAAAUGUCCUCGUGGAAAAUACCAGACAGGGUAUGGAAGAAGCAGUUGUGUUCAAUGUGGUAUAGGUUUAACAACAUUAUUUGAGGGUGGUUCGUCUUUUCUAGACUGCAGUACAAAAGUUACAUGCGCUGCUGGGAAUUUCUUUGAUGUCCGCAGGCACCAGUGUCUGCCUUGUCCAGUAGGGACCUAUCAGCCGACUGCUGGACUUAACUUCUGUCACGCAUGCCCAGUCAGUACCUCUACAGACUUUGUUGGAUCCACAAACCAGUCUGAUUGCAAAAAUCAAAAAUGUGGUGGACAGAUAGGGAAGUUACAGGGGUACAUUGAGAGUCCAAAUUUCCCAGGCGACUAUCCAAACAGUAUCCAGUGUACCUGGAAAAUCAAGCCGGGGAAGAAACGACGAAUUCUUGUGAUCAUUCCGGAAAUAUUCCUGCCAAAAGAAGACCAGUGUGGAGAUAAACUGGUCAUGCGUAAAUCAAGUAAACCAUCAUCUCUUACAACUUAUGAAGUUUGUGAAACUACAGAGAAACCUAGAGCCUUUACCUCUCGGAGUAGAAGAUUAUGGGUCCAAUUUAAAUCUGACUCUAAAAAUACUGCUGGCGGAUUCUCCAUUCCAUUCGUAACCUAUAACGAGGAUUAUCAGCCUCUAAUUGAAGAUAUUGUGAGAGACGGAAGAUUGUAUAGUUCUUACCAGCAUCAAUCAAUUCUGAAGGACAGGAAGCUGCUAAGCGUGUUGAUGGAGGUCAUUUCGCAACCAUAUAACUAUUUCAAAUACGCCAACGCGUCUCACACUAUGAUGCCGACUUCCUUUAUCCAGUUGCUUACAGAGAAAGUCCAGCGAUUCUUUUCCACGUGAGGAAUAAACAAUCUGUUCUGGCCUUGGGGCUACUCAGACAAUGUAAGCUUGAUUUGACCAAACAAAUCCAUACUGAAGAUUUGACAGUUAUUGCUUUUUAAUCCAUUAUACUGCUGUCUUAAGCUUUUUGAUUUAGUUCUGAUUCAGAACACAUAUCAGAGAAAGACUGGAAUGACUUUUGUAUAUGGAUCUUUGUAACUUAGACUUAUUCAAGUAAUGCAAUUGCAUUGAAAUCGGAGGAUCUUGCAAUUGCAGGCGUUGUUUAUUUGUUUAUGCACAUUGUAAAUGCUCAUUACAUGCCAAAUUAAUAUUUAUUUUGUACUCUAAGUAUUCUUUGAUAGAUUUUUUUUCUACAAUUGUUUUCAUGUUCCCUUAGGAUAGACGAUGAACAUGAUGUUUUCUUAUGAUUAUAUUAUUUUGAAUAGUUAUUGUUUUCUUUCAUUACUUUAGUCCAUGCUCUAUUGCUUAAAAAUUUGCGUUUUAGAAACGCUUUGACUUAUGAAAUAUUAUCUUGCUUUGAAGCCUUUAUGAAAAGAACAGCUAGUAAAACUAAAUGUACCUGCCACACCUUUUACUUUGAUCUACCGAGAAAACGUCAUAUAAAAUGUAUUUAAUUCGUGUCAAGAAAAAAUAACUAAAUUAUCAUUGAUUAUACAUGUGUUCACUAUUUUAAAAACUUAAUAUAAGAAUUUGGGAACAAAUUUCAAAUACACAAGUACAUGUAUAUGGAAAACAUUAUUUCAAUUGCUUUGCUAUUCUGAACAUAUGAGCAUCAGAGUAUGUAUAUUCACGAGAGUGAUUUUAAUGUUUGUGCCAGCCAUUUGUAUUGUGAUUAAUUAGAAUAUUAUAUGUAAAGCUCGUUAACAAUAAAUUAAGACUUUGAGGUUUUGUA